AUGAUGACUCUUGCAUCCGCGGUGGCGGACCUGUCCGAAUUCCAGCGGGUUUACGACGUCAAUCAAUCAGUCUGCCCGCAGGAGGUUCCGGAGCCGUGCGACGAGUGCCCACAGGGCUAUUACAUCGUGCCGAACCCUUGUGAGUGCGUUGAGUGCAUUGGCGAAGCGCGCAGGCGCCGCUCCACAGAAUGCACUCCCUGCCCAGCUCCCUUCGUGCCCUGCCAGAACCCCGAAGAAGACGAUUGCUGUGAUCCAUAUAUGCCAAGGACAGACCCGCCACCAAAUGGCACUAUUCCUGUACAGGUCCCAUAUCAAACGUGCACUGAGUUCUCUUUGGGCGAUAGCAUCACGAUCACUGGAAGACUAUCGAGUGACCCGUCUACUAUUGUCACUCACACAUCAGUCGUCAUUGGGGUUAUCCAGAUUACUGGGGGGUACGAACUCGAUCUGCACGACCCGCUCCCAGGAGACUUUGAAUUUGAAUCGACAGUUCAGCAGGCCUGCACUUCCACUGAUGGGACUCAGGUGAGCAGCUCAUUCUCUCCCUUUGUCGGCGGUUGUUGCUGCGCUUGUGGCACUGAUUGCUGCGAGACCACUGAGGUGUGCACUGUGUACCCCAACGGCACGGGUGUUUGCUCCCCCGCUGGCCCGUACCCCGAAUUCUCGACUCCAGCCCCGACCGUGGGCGCCAAGGGCGACCCGCAUUUGGUCAACCUGCAGGGAGAGCACUUCGACAUAAAUCACGAUGGCAAGUUCACACUGCUUCGCUUUCCCCAGGCUGUCGAGAAGCCGGCCGAGUUCACUUUCGUGGCGAACGUCCAGCCAGACGUCGGUAAGCCGUGCACUACAUACAUCACGGAGGCGGAGCUCUCGGGCGCCUGGCUCGGCAGCAAGGUUUUGCAGAUUCGCAGUUACCGCAAGUCCCAUUCGAAUGGCACCGAUGCAUUUCUCGGUGCGCGGGUCCUCGUGAGCGACAAGAUAACACCACCUUGGCAGACUAUCGAGGAGUUCGAGACAAAGAACCUUGUGCUCUCCGAAUUUGGAGUCGUCCAAUCGUCCUUGGAGAAGGCGACGUGGUUUCCCAAGAAGCGCUCAAAGGCGGGGCCGACUGCGGCUGGAAUGUUCACCCUCACGUUGAAAAACAUGCACAGCAUGACUUCCGCCAAGAUCACCAUCCGCCAGGACUUGCCCGAGCAGGAACACUUGAACGUGGCAGUGCGGCAGCUGUCCCAGCUCGGCCGCGUGGACGUCGGUGGUUUGCUCGGCUUCGACGCACACCCGGAGAGCCUCGAGCGCCAGAGCGCCGCGUGUAUCCACCACAAGGCCACGGCGCGCUACCGCAUCGAGAGCCAGGACGACGCGGACCACGGUUAUUACUUCCGGCCGACGUGGAAGGAUCGUUGGGACAAGGUCCGCGGCAAGGACCGCCAGCAGGACAACGAGGCGUCCGCCAGCCUGAUCGGAAGCAGGGUCGCCGGCACUAUGGGCGGCACGAUGUGCAAGUGCUCGAGCGACACCAGCGACAGCGGCAGCACGGACGGCGUGCUCGUCGAGGCCGAGGAGGCAGGCUUCGUGUUCGCGGCGGCAUCGUGGGAGUAG